AUGGAAUGGCAGUCACGACAAUACAUUCUUCGCUUUUCCCGCCAACACCAUCACAACAACGUCGUCUGCGCCGGCGCAGCUCUGAUCUUCUUCUCUUCUACAUACACCUUAACCGUUGCGCAAAAUGUUCUUGUCAGCGUAUUCCACAUUCUAUCAACUUUUCCUCGGCGUGUCGGCGCUGGUGGUGCUAGGGAACAUGGUCCUGCUCGGGGUCCGAUUCCUGAGACGUGGCAGUGCGCCACAAGCGAAAGAUCUCUCCGACAGAGAUAUCCUCUAAAAUGUCGCGCGCCAGACGCUGCGACAACAUUCUGGCGAAAGGAAGGGAACUGUGGUGAUGGGAGCAUACGGCUUGGUCCUGUUUGUGAAGAUCGCAGUGGCGACGCCGGCGUCGUGAGGAGGGAAGCCCAAUCUGAGAUUGAUACCAGCUAA